CGUUGGCUGCUCCAACUCUCCGUAGCUCAAUCAGCUGGCCACGGAUUUUUUCGCUUCUUCUUCCAAGAUGGUGGCUCCCAGGUUACUCGGCAACCAGAGGCUUUGGGACAGUUCGGCGUCCUUCUUCCUCCUGCAGCUCCUUUUCUCGGCCGUCGGGGCAAAGCAGGAGCCCAUCACGGCCGACUUCAAUGUCAGGCCCGGCGGGAUGGUUCACUCGUAUUCGCAAAACCUGGGAGACGUUACCUGCAGUUUUACCUACGCAGCUCAGGGCGGGACGAACGAGCAAUGGGAAAUGAUUAUUGCGGUCAACGAAGACAAGAAGCUCUUUUCCUGUUCAAUCUGGAGGCCCCAAGGAAAAUCCUACCUUUUCUUCACCCAGUUUAAAGCUGAGAUGAAAGGAGCAAAGAUCCAGUACGCCAUGGCUUACUCCUCGGCUAGCGUCGGAGGACAGAACGACGUCCCCUUAAAAGAGGAGGAAUUCUUGGUCACGGAACAGGCAGUGUCUCACCGCGAGGGCAAAUUCCACUCCGAACUCUCCAAGCUGAUGAUCGUGGCCGAAAAAUCCCACGACGAACUGUGAGCCCCGUCCACCUUGGCCUCGGAGAAGACAUGCGGUGGGAUCUCGGGUCACUCUUGGUGGAGGACUCUUCUUUCCACGGAUCCCGAGGUCCACCCGAGCACACCUUCAAGAAGAACACAUUUGGGGAAAAGAAACACAAGCCAUGCGUAUGACCCUUGGACUCGCGAGCUCCCUUCCACGGCGUUCUUCCGUGGCAUCGGGGGUGUCCUGCGACGUGUUGGGAAGCCAACCGGGGACAGGAGUACUGCAUCUCGGAUCCGGUGGCUGCAAAAACUGAUUGCAUAGGAUCUGGCCAUGUCCACCUGGAGCAGGAUUUAGCCCGAAAGACUUGCAGAAAGUUCAUCCCUUUGCAGGAAUUGCUGUGUGCGUGUGCGCGCAUGUGUGUGUAAUCCCCUCCAAAAAGUUUCCUUCCCUCUCCCCGCCUCUUCCCCGUAAAUUGGUCGAAUGGUCAUUCCCAAAAAAUUCCCCCUUCCCCCCACCCGUGGAAAUGGAGCAAUGGUAUGAAUAAAAACAGAUUUAUAUCCUCAA